GGACGUGUUCGCGCGUGUCUGCCGAACGACAAACGACGAAACGACGAAACGAGCGGUGUCCGAAACGACGAAAAGCGGUAUAGCCAAAAUUAAAUUCUUAACCGUGUUUCUUUUUUUUUUGGUUUGUUGUCAAGUGAUAAGCGAUAUUUUUUUAUUAUCAAUGUGACUUUGUGUGUUAUGCAAAAAAUGAAAAAAAUAGUAAUAGCGCAAACGAAAUGAACCUUGCGUAAUUUGUAAUUUGAGUUUUGUUGUUUUCAAACAAAAAGUUUUGCGCGCUUUUUUUUGUUUGUUGGUGCCGGUGAAAAAGGUCAAGUGAAGCAGCAAAUUAAAGCAGAAACAAAAUAACAGCAAAUAACAAGUGCAGCAAUUACAACAUCAACAACAACAACAACAACGACUUGGAAAGCAGCCAGCAGAAGAGUCAGAAGAAGAAGAAGAAGAAGAGGAACGCACCUGAAUACACCGAAGACAACGUCGACUACCUGUUGAGCGUAGCGCCGCAGUCGCAGUCGCUGCCGCAGUUGUUGUCGACGCAGCCGCUAAUCCCCUGCUGCGUCGCUGAAGGUUAAGCGGCUUUACAACCUGCAGUGAUUGGAAAUUGUUGCAACGCUGCAUGUUGUUUGUUGUUGUUCGUUGUGCCGGUUGCACGUGAAGCGUCAAAUUCAAAAUAACACACACACACACACAAAAUGUUAAUAGUCAGUGCGAAAAGAACAGACAGCAAAAUGUCCAACAGGAGCAGCAUCAGCAACGAUGCAUUUCGCUGGUGUCGACUCAUCUGCAUGCUGAGCGCCAUGUUGAACCUUCCUCUGGUGCCCAUCGAGUGCUUUAACCUGGAGCAGCGACAACCGAUCGUCAAAUACGGCCAUGAGAAUACAUUUUUCGGCUAUUCACUGGCCACGCACACUAUCGGCGAGAGCAAUUGGGCCAAUAACACAAAAUGGUUGCUUGUAGGCGCACCCUUGGAUCGAAAUUUACAGCCAAAAACGAAUCAAUCGGGAGCUUUAUACAAAUGUCCCAUAUCGACGGAAUUUUACGAUUGCGAACAGGUCAUAACCGAUGGUCGACGAUCAUUUAACGGAUCUUAUAAGGACACCUAUGAAUUAGAUGAUGAGCUAAUAGAACCAUCUGACGACGAGAUCAAGGAGGGACAAUGGAUGGGAGUGACAGUGCGUUCUCAAGGUCUAGGUGGAAAGGUGCUCGUCUGUGCGCAUCGAUAUGUGACAGUUGUGAAUGAGAAUCGCUAUGGACAAGGUCUCUGCUAUGUGCUGGACAACCAGCUGAACUUCGAAGACUCCUACGAGCCAUGCAAAGGACGCCCCGUUACUAGGCAACACGAGGACUACGGUUUCUGUCAGGCGGGCACAUCGGGAGCCCUGCUCGAUGACAAUUCCUUGGUCAUGGGCUCCCCGGGACCUUUCACGUGGCGCGGCGCCAUCUUUGUGACGGAAGUCGGUGGCGACUAUCUGACGCGAGACAAGUUCGUGUACUACAGUGAGCAUCAGGACGCCAGCUCUCCGGUGGACAAGUACAGCUAUCUAGGCAUGGCUGUGACAGGCGGCCGCUACUUCAGCGAGAAUAUGUCCUAUGCAUCGGGUGCACCUCGCUCUAAUGGCCAUGGUCAGGUGGUAAUCUUCGAUAAGACGACCACAAAUCCCAUUCCCGUGCACAUGAUCAUCGAUGGCGAGCAGUUUGGCUCGAGUUUUGGCUAUGAACUGAUCACAGCGGAUAUCAAUGGUGAUCACCAGCCCGAUCUCUUGGUUGCCGCUCCGUUCUACUUCUCGAAAACCGAAGGCGGCGCUGUCUACGUGUUCCAGAACGGCGGCAACAGUCUUCCACAGAAACCCACACUUAAGCUAACCGGUGCGCUUGAGAGUCGUUUUGGCUAUGCGCUCGCAAACAUCGGGGAUCUGAACAAGGAUGGCUGCGAGGAUGUUGCAAUCGGUUCACCAUACGAAGGCAAUGGCGUCGUCUCCAUUUAUUUGGGCUCACGCACAGGCCUCAACGAGAAGCCAUCCCAGCGCAUUCUGGCCUCGGAGCUGGGCCGCAAUUUGCCGCAACCGAUCAAGAAUUUUGGCAUCUCGUUGGCCGGCAACACGGAUCUCGAUGGUAACUCGUACAUGGAUUUGCUUGUCGGUGCACCGCCUACGGCUGUUGUCCUCCUCGCCCGUCCCAUCAUCAACAUACAGACAACGUAUCGGAGCGUGGAGAUGCGCAACAUUGAUCCGAAUCGUGCGGGCUGUCGCAACGAUGUCUCCACGAAUCUGACGUGCUUCACAUUCGAGGCAUGCUGCAGCAUUGAUCCUCACGAGCAGGUGAGCACAAGGAUCAAUCUGACGUACACCGUGGAGGCGGAAACCUUUGAGCAUCACAAGAAAUUCUCGCGUGUCUUCUUCGAUCGCGACAACAAGCGCAGCAAUGUGAUGAAUCGUUCCGUUCCCGUGCGCACCGAUGGCAGGCUGGAGUGUCAAAUGGUCACCGGUUACAUCAAGGCCAACACUCGGGACAUUCAGACACCCAUACGCUUUCGUCUCGACUAUAAGCUGGAGGAACAAGAGCUGGCGAGCUCGCCAUUGACCCGACUUAAUCCCAUACUGGAUCAGACGCAGGCGUACAUUGAGUUCGAGGCCACAUUCCAGAAGGACUGUGGCGACGAUGAUCUCUGCGAGAGCGAUCUGCGACUGCGUGCGGAUCCUAAUCUGCAGGCUGAGGAUGGCAAAUACGAUUUCAUACUGGGCAACAAGACGGAACUGGAAGUCACGGUGGACGUUAGCAAUUUUGCGGACUCGGCAUACGAGGCACAACUAUUCAUCGAGCACCAGGCGAGUGUCUCCUACAUUGCCACCAAGAAACCUACAAAUGCCACUUGCAACAGCUUUAAUACAACGCUUGUGGCAUGCAGCUUGGGCAAUCCGAUGUUGCGUGGCACAACCACAUCGGUGACCAUACGCUUUGAUCCAAAUAGCCUGAAGCGUGAGGAGAAGAACAUUGUGUUCCACAUCUUUGCCAACACCACCUCGAAGCUGGUGGGCAAAGAGCUGCCCGAGCGUCAGCUCGUACUCAAGGUGGUGCGACGUGCGGAGAUGACAUUGCGUGGUUGGGUAAAUCCCGAACAGAGCUUCUACAGUGGCGCCUCCAAGCUGCAGGAUUCACCCAUGGAACUGGAUCAUGUCGGUUCUCCGCUCGUCCACACGUACUCCAUCUUCAACGAGGGCCCUUCGGCGGCGCCCAAAGUGCAGCUGGACAUCUAUCUGCCAUUGACGCUCGAUCGUGGCGACGGGCUGGAGUUGCAAGGUGGCACGAAGGACAAAUAUCUGCAGUAUUUGGAGAAGGCGCCCAUCAUUGAGACCGGUCAGGGCGCCUGUACAGUGGCUCCCGAGUAUGUGAAUCCCCUGAAGUUGGCCUCGAAGACGUCGGACAAUUUGCGCAGUGCUUCGUAUCUAAGUGCACCCGCCUCGCUGAUGAAGUGGCCCCAGCAUCGCCAACAGCCGACGGCACAUCAGAUGCGUCUGAAUAAAUCGCAGACUCACACGCACGAGUCGGUGACGAGUCAACAGCACUGGAGCGAGCAAAAGAAGACUAACCAGGAGACGGCACGAGCCAAUCGCUUGCGUCGCGGCACAAUCGGAAGCGUGGUGAGACUUGAGCGCUUCAUGGACGGUCGUGAGGCAGGCAGCGUGAAGGGCAAGAAACAACAGAUUGUGGAGCUCAAUUGCGACAAACUGACGGCGCACUGCAUCAAGAUACAGUGUGAGUUCUAUGACAUGCCCGCUAAGACAGAGGCACAGGUCAUACUCAAUGUGCGACUGUGGAACUCGACGCUGGUUGCGGAAUAUCCGCGUGUCGAUCUCGUGCGCAUCAUGUCCACGGCGAAUGUCAAGAUACCCGCCGACUUUGGCGUCGAGCAGCUAGAGACCAACGACAAGAUACUGGUGGAGACACGUGCCUAUCCGGAGUUGCUCGAUCAACAGCGGGAAACAUACACGCCGCUGUGGAUCAUUGUGUUGGCCGUGCUCGGAGGACUUGUGUUGCUCGCUCUCUUCACGUACGCGAUGUGGAAGUGCGGCUUCUUCAAGCGCAAACGUCCCACGGAUCCCACGCUCAGUGGCAAUUUGGAGAAGAUGAACGAGGAGAAACCCUUCUUGGCGGCAAAGAGCAGCCACAAUGUUUUCUAACAAGAGGGUACCGUCGGCUGGGAUUUGGUGCGACGCAGCAGGAAGCGCAACAGGCUCCGGCAACUGCUGUUGCUCCAUCAGCAGCCACAUGAUUAUCGGCGUCAUCAACAUCAUCGUCGCCACAACAACAAUAACAACAAUAGCAGCAGCCAGGAUGAAGAUGAACUGGAUUUUGAUGUGCGCGAUUUGACGCCGCCGCCGCCGCCACUGAGCAUCAUCAGCUGGGGCAACGAUGGCUAUUAUCAAGCCAGCGCCGCCUGGUGGGGACACAUGUGAGGAGAGGAGGAAGAGCAACAGCAGCACCUCUAGCUGGAGCAGACACAGUUUCUGGUUGUGGGACUUUCAAUGUGCCAUUCAUGUUUACUUAAGUUGGACAUAUCGAUGGGCGUCCCUAACACUGAUCGCCUAUUCAUAUAUACAUCAGCUAACGAGAUCCGCUGACAACAUCGUCCGUUUAACUCUUAAACACCUAGUUUUAUGUACCUAGAUUUUAUUUAUUGAGGGGCUACGACCAAAAGUCAUCUCAUUGCAAACAAAAUCACACAAUCGCAAGUGGAGGACCAACUCGAACUCCGAAUUGGGAGAAUUGUGUGUGUUGCCCUCUCACUUGCACUGCCGCAGUGUGAGCGAGACAGACGCAUUUCGAAUACCUUUCUCCCCUUUUCUUCUUUUUUUUUUAAAACAUUUGGAAAUGCCAAAAAAAACAAUGUACAUAUGAAUUGAAAUCUUUACCAAGUUGUGUCAUCUAUUUUUUUUAGAGAAAUGCGAGCCCUCAGUUUGUAUCAUAUUUUUGUUAUUUAUGUAAAUCACAAGACGAGAUCUAUACUAUAAUAUGAUGUAUAUGUACAUGUCGAAAGUGUGUGUGUGUGUUUUAACGAGCUUGAUUCCGAAUUAUUUAAUAUGUAAACUUAUAUUAACUGUAAUUCUAUUUGUAAUUUAAAUUACGCGUAAUUAAGUUUAGAAACGCUCGAAGCUUACACAAUUUUAAAUAGUACUUCACUGCCACUAACGUAUAUAUAUAUUCGUAUAUAUAUUCUUACAGUUAAAUUCGAAAUCAUUCUGUCGAAAAUGAGGCAAUAGGGAUUUUCAAAUAACUCCAAAUUCGAACGGAAAGUAUUAACACAUCUUUCACCCAAUACCUUAUAAUAAUAACUAUGAAUAGAGAUAUCCAACAGAUAAACAAGUAUAUAGUGCAAUGCUUCGAUUCUAUCUAAUUUUUUUUCUAAUUUUAAUCUUUAACUUAUAAUAUACAAAAAAAAACAAAGAAAA